UUAUGAUUGCUAACUAAUUUUUGUUUCGGCACUUAAAUUGGGCGACAAAUUUGAAAGCUCACAUUCUCAUUUUGUCGAACACUUAGUCGUCCAUUUUCUUGGCAGAGGAAAAGCUCGAGAGUUUGCAUCAUCAAUGGCGACCAAAGUUUACAUUGUGUACUAUUCUAUGUAUGGACAUGUGGAGAAACUCGCUGAAGAGAUAAAGAAAGGAGCUGCGUCUGUUGAAGGAGUAGAAGCCCAGUUAUGGCAGGUUCCUGAAACACUAUCUGAUGAUGUUCUGACAAAAAUGAGCGUGCCUCCAAAAAGUGAUGUGCCUAUUAUCACGCCUAAUCAGCUCUCUGAGGCUGAUGGCUUCAUAUUCGGCUUCCCUACAAGGUUUGGCAUGAUGGCUGCACAAUUCAAAGCAUUUUUUGAUGCUACUGGAGGCCUAUGGAGAACACAACAGCUCGCUGGCAAGCCUGCUGGGAUCUUCUACAGCACUGGUUCUCAAGGUGGUGGCCAGGAGACUACAGCAUUGACUGCUAUCACUCAGCUUGUUCACCAUGGCAUGAUCUUUGUGCCGAUCGGGUAUACGUUUGGAGCUGGCAUGUUCGAAAUGGAGAAGGUCAAAGGUGGAAGCCCCUAUGGAGCUGGGACUUAUGCCGGUGAUGGUUCAAGAAGCCCGUCCGAGCUUGAAUUGCAGCAGGCUUUUCAUCAAGGGAAAUACAUUGCCACAAUUGCCAUGAAACUGAAGGGAGGAGCUGCCUAAUCUCUAUUCCAGAUCAUAUAUUUUCUUAUUUUUCCAAGAUUCUAUUAUUUCCUGAGAUGUCACUGUAUUUCUUGCUCUGCCACUCUUGUGCUACUUAAUACAAUAUCUGUCCCAGUGUCAUAACUUUGCCUACCUUAAAUUUGAAGUGGCAUUUAUAUGUUAAAAGUACUGUUUCUGAAA